AUGGAAUUCAUUUUCAUUUCUUUAAGAAUACCUAGAGCUGCCAUUCUCUUUUCCUACUACAUUAUUUUACUAGUGAAUUGUGGUGUGGCAACCUUCAUUAUGCCCGAUAAUGUGACAGUUCCAGCGUUGAUAGCAUUUGGAGACUCAAUCUUGGAUCAAGGAAAUAACAAUUAUUUUCCAACAUUUAUAAGGGCCAACUUCCCUCCAUAUGGGAUGAAUUUCUUGGGUGCAAGAGCAACCGGAAGGUUCACCAAUGCAAAGACCCCUACUGACUUGAUCGCUGAAAAAAUAAAGGUCAAGGAGUACGUGCCAGCAUACUUAAACCCGUUCAUACAAGACCAAGAUAUGAUCACGGGGGUAAGCUUUGCUUCAGGAGCCACAGGACUUGAUCCGCUAACAUCGAGAAUUAAUUCGGCCAUACCCAUGAUGGAUCAGCUUCAAAUGUUUUCAAAUUAUAUUAGGAAACUUCAUGUAUUGGUGGGCAAAGUGGAAACGGGUAACAUUUUAAAUAACAGCUUGUUUUUGGUGGCAACUGGAAGCGAUGAUUUCGUAGAUAAUUACUUCACCUACCCGAUAAGGAAAGUUCAGUAUGACAUACCCUCUUAUUGUAACUAUCUCAUUUCAAAGGCUUCCACUUUUGUGAAGGAGUUGCAUAAACUCGGAGCACGAAGGGUUGUUGUUUUUAGUUUGCCUGCAAUUGGGUGUAUGCCAACUUCCAGGACAUUAAGUGGAGGGAAAUAUAGAUCAUGUGCAUCAAUUUACAACAAAGCUGCUAAAUUCUUCAACAAAAAGCUAUCUUCUGAGCUUUAUUCUCUUAGAUUUAGAAAUCCUCCGGUGAAAGUUGUGUUUGCAGAUAUUUACACCCCAAUGCUUGAGAUCAUUAAGAAUCCUCAAUCCUAUGGGUUUGAGAUUGUCGACAGAGGUUGUUGUGGCACGGGAGAAGUGGAGGUUAGUUGGAUGUGUAAUGCACUUAGUCGGACAUGCUCCAACAUAUCUAAUUAUUUCUUCUGGGAUAGUUUUCACCCCACUGAAAAAGCAUACAAGAUCAUUGUUGAUAACCUACUCCAAAUAUAUGUUAAUGAUGUACUUAGCCUUUGA